AAACGGCCAGCGCUGUGAGAGUCACAGGAGGAAGACCAUCAUUCCUGUAGCAUAAUUAUUCUGACCCCAGAUACAUAUGGGAAACAACGGCAGCUCCACAGUGGAUGAUCUACAGGCUGUCGAGAUCCACCACUGGUACAAGAAGUUCAUGACAGAGUGUCCCUCUGGACAGCUGACGGAGCAUGAAUUUAAGCAGUUCUUUGGGCUUCGAGGGCUGGAUCCAGAGGCCAAUAAGUACAUUGAGCAGAUGUUCCGCACGUUUGAUAUGAACAAGGAUGGAUAUAUUGACUUCAUGGAAUAUGUGGCUGCCCUCAGCCUCGUUCUCCGAGGGAAGAUGGAGCAGAAAUUGCGGUGGUAUUUCAAGCUCUACGAUGUAGAUGGCAAUGGCUGCAUUGAUCGACAUGAACUGCUCAAUAUCAUUAAGGCUAUUCGAGCUAUUAAUGGAGGUGACCAUGAAACUAGUGCAGAAGAGUUCACCAACCGAGUCUUUGACAGGAUUGAUGUGAAUGGCGAUGGUGAACUUUCUCUGGAUGAAUUUGUGGAGGGAGCAAGGAAAGAUGAGGAGUUCAUGGAGGUUAUGAUGAAAAGUUUGGACCUGUCACACAUUGUGGCCAUGAUUAACAACCGUCGGCAUAGCGUAUAAAUCAAGCUGGGAGAAAAUGCUGUGGCAAUAGACAGAAGGGUGUAGAAACACAAGGAAGGAGAGACAGCAUUUUUAAAAACAAAAUUUCAUAAAUUUGAAUAUGGAAGUAGGAACAGAAAGACACUGCUAUAUUUGUGCAUCCGAGUGCAUGUUCCUGUACAAAUACUGACGCUUAGCCACAUAAAUGCAGAGCAGGUUCAGAAAAACUGGAUCUGGGUGGCAAUAUUUUACUUGUCUUUCUAAAAUUUAAAGGCCAAAUUUCAGGGCACAAAUUUCCAUUUUAUUCUGUGUCCCAGACUGUCACUUUGAAAUUGACUGAAAGUAAUGCCAAGUUUGUGAAGAGCACUAGCAGAACUGGGUGGUCGAGCGCAGGGGAAAUAUUCUGAAAUACAAAAGAAGAAUUUCAAACUGUUAUUAGYGUAAAGAACUAUCAAAAGAAUGUAACUUGCGCUGUUCUUGUCAUGCUAUCGGUUCAUAAACACCAGCAUGGUUGUCCACACCUUAGAUGUGCUCAGAUUUGGUAGUCUCUGCAGAAACAGCUUUAGUCAGAUGAUCACAAGAACCGAAAGGAAAGCCAGUCUGAUAGUCACACAUCUGUCCCCAGCUGCAGCUGUUUGAGCUUUCUGUGAUCAAAGAAUUCUAGCAAGUCAACAGUUUGGAGCAGCUUCUGUAACUAGAGAAAAUAUGCUACUCAGAUUUCCAAAGCAGAAGAAUUACUUGAGAGAUCAAAUCUUUUAUAUACUCUUUGUCCUACUUAUUCUCCUCUUGUACAACCAAGUCUAUGGGAAUGUUCAAGGCUACACUGAACCAGGCUUGGAGUAACCUGCUCUAGCCCCAUGGCAUGUAGCUAAAACAAGAUGAUCUUUGAGGUCUCUUCCUACCCCAAUCAUUCUGUGACUAUGAUAAAUGAAGCAUUUGAAGAUGAUCUUAAUAUUAUUAUCUCACAUAUCCUUUAUUGGUCUUUCUUUUUGUUCUUAAGGAGACAAUCUAAUAGAAAGAAACGGCUCACCAUGGUGGCUUGUGAAUUGUGCUGUUCAUGUGAAUACUGUAGUGAAGUUGAUAUUCUAAAUCAGCGCUGCCGUAAAUGACUCUCUGCUUUCGGUCACGAUGGGAAAAGUGAUGCGGCAUGGAUAGAAACUCAGAAAAAACUGUGUAUCUUUCACUGUUCAUUAGAUAAGCUCAUGAUGAGAAGCUCCUUUGAAUCUGGASAGAGAAGCAGAAGGAAAGAAGAACGCAGGAAAAGUUCAACAGAGUGCCUAUGCCAUAGUUGGCAUGUUUUUCCUGUGCAGGAGGAAAAACUUGUAGACUUGUAACAAAACUUUAGAUUGGACUUAUUCUUGCUUAUAUUUAGGCUUCUGUGAUGUUCAUAUGUGCAUUAGUUUGCAUGGCAAGGUUUUGGUAGCAGGGAGACUACACGAGUAGCUUCUAAGAGAAGCUGCUGGCUGGAAGCUUCCCUUACAUCUGGCAGAGACAAUGCUAGCCGGCUCCAGGAUGCCACUGGCCAAGGCUGAGACCUUCAGCCACGGUAGUAGCACCUCUGGGGUAACAUAUUUAAGAAGGAAAAAAUAUUGGGCAGUAGCAAUUGCUGCCAGAGAAGUGAUGACUGAGAAUAUGUGAGAGAAACAGCUCUGCAGACACCAAAGUCAGCUAGGAAGGACGGGGAGGAGGUGUUUCAGGUACUGGAGCUGAGAUUUCCCUGCAGCCCAUGUUGGAGMCCAUAGCAAAGCAGGUCGUCCUCCUGCAGUGCACGGAGGUCCACAGGAGGGAAGCAGAAAUCCACCUAGACCCUGUGGA